GCAGAAUUAUGUAUAAUCAACUAUUUCGAGUCGGUAAGCUUUCUUCAUAUAAUUUUGUUACUUGUUUUCAUGUAAUUUUGUCAUGAAUUUAUCUAAUCCGUGUGGUGGUUUAUUUUAUUUUGUUAGCCGGAGAAAAACGGUUGGAGAAGUUUGAUCGUCAAGUUGAGCAAUUUAAGAAGGUGGCCGCUGAUAGAAAUAUUUCAUGUGAUAACUGGGUGGAUCAACAUCAAAUUCGUUGGAGUUUAGCACACGAUAACUACAAUGGUGGGCGUCGUUGGUCUAUCCUGACAUCUAACAUGGCAGAAAGCGUCAAUGGUAUUUUCAAAGGUAUUCGUGCACUUCCUAUAGUUUCUCUUGUGCAACAUACCUAUUGGCGAUUGGUGGAGAAAUUCGAUAAGUACAGGUUGGAGACAGGAGCAGAAAUUAGGAGUGGUCCUUCACAAUUCUCCACCAAGUGCGAAGAGCUGAUGAAGGCGUGGUCACAAAAGGCAGUUGGACAUUCUGUGACAGCUCUUGAUCGACGUCAAGGCAUCUAUGUAGUUCAGACUCCUCCCAACAAUUUCAACAUGACGGGGUCAAACACACUCACAGUGCACUUUGACGACCCCAACCGGACGGGAUUUUGCACCUGUGGUGAAUUUCAAGGAAAUAAAAUUACUUGCUCUAAUGCCAUUGCAGCUUGCAACCGAAUGGGUGCUAGUGCGUAUAGGUUUGUCAACAAUGUCUACAAGCUGGAAACAGUGAUGGCUUGUUAUGGGACAAGUUUCGCACCUCUUGGUGAACCUAAGUGUUGGAAGAAGCAUAAUGACCCUACUAUCCAUCCUAAUCUGGACAUGAUUAGAAAGCCGGGGAGGCCAAUAUCAACACGAAUUCACAACGAGAUGGAUUGGCCAAGGGAGGGUUCAUCACAGCAAGUGGGACAUAAUGCAUCAACCUGUGGUGGCCAAGCAAGUGGGAGUGGGAGCAACCGAAGAGGGAGUGGUGGCCAACGAAGUGCGAGAGGUGGUAGAAGAGGAGGAAGUAGAGGGAAUAGACGAGGCUAAGAAGUUAGUUCAAAGGUAGAAGUUGUUGUUUGGAGUUGUUGUUGUUUGAAGUUGUUGUUUGGAGUUGUUGUUUGGAGUUGUUGUUUGGACUUUUAUGAACUGAACUAGUUGUUGAUGUUUGUUGGUUUUAUAUUUAAAGUCUCAAUUUAGACAAUAACACUAAGAAUAACAGAUUAAAAAUAGU